CGGGCAAAGCCUUCCGGCGGGGAGAAGCGUCGGUGCGCGUGCGGGCCGGUGCGGCGGGAGCGGCGGGAUGGCACUGCCGGGUGGAAAUAAGGAUAACAUCAGAGCUGGAUGCAAGAAGUGUGGCUAUCCUGGUCAUCUGACAUUUGAAUGUCGAAACUUCCUUCGAGUAGAUCCUCAAAGAGAUAUUGUUUUAGAUGUUAGCAGCACCAGCAGUGAAGACAGUGAGGAAGAGGAACUACAGAGAUUACAAGCCAUGCGUGAAAAAAAGAAUUUAAAUGAAGAGGAAGAAAAAAGGAAACAAAAAAGAAAAAGCAAGGAGAAAACAAAAUUAAAAAGAAGGAAAAGAUCUUCCUCAUCAAGUUCAGCGGAAGAUGAGCCAAAGUCAAAAAAACAGAAAUCACACAAAAAAGAAAAAGAAAAGGAAAAAAAACAUAAAUCUAAGAAAGGAAAGCAUCAUAAAAAGGAAAAAAAGAAGAGACGAAAGGAAAAAAGUUCCUCUUCUAACAGUUCAGACAGUUCGAGUAGUGACUGAGAUGCUCGUCUAUUUUUGUGUUCACUUCUGCAGAGAAGAUGAUUUUCCUUUCAUAGGAAAUUUAUUUAUGCUUUACAAUGCUGGUUUAAAAUCUGAUUUUUUUUUUUUGAGAAAUCUAUUUGCAUACAUCGAGUUGCUUCAAGUUGGACCAUUAAGUCUGUGUAGGAAAAAAAAAAUCUGCGUUUCUAUUUCAGGUUUAUUAGUAUUAAACCAUGYAAGUUUAGCUAGUUCUUCACUCUUAUGCUUAGUUCUGUUGUGAGUGUGUUUGUAAUCCUUUACAGUAGGAUGUGAUAAACUUCAGUUUGCAAGUCUUUGUGUAGAAAGAUCUGGACUUAGAUAUGCUUAAUGGCAGAAUGGUUAAAUCAAAUUUGGAAAUUGAAGUGAGAUUUUCUAUUACCCUUUAAAUAAAUGUAUGUUUGCAUUUACACAUACAGCAUUUUGUGCCUACAUACAUUAAGCAGUAAGUGCAAAUAUGAAAUAGUGUUCAGGUCCUGAGAGGGGAAGAAUGAAUAAUGAGAAGCUAAAAAAGAUUGAUCCUUCAAAAUUAUGGUCUAAGAUUGAUCUAGUCAUAGACUGUGAAAAACAAUUACACAUUCUUUUGGCAGAAUCACUGUGAGCAAGCUGAAAACAAGCAGAAGAAAACAAAAGCUAUCAGUUUUUAAAGUCUGUUCUGCUUGGGUGUUGUUCUUCUACAAUUAUGGCUAUUUCRUCUUUUGACAUUGAUGAAAAGUUUGGAUAUCAAAACAAGACUUAUAAUACUAAACUUCCAUCUAUUUCUUCAUUUCUGUCAGUUGUUAUUAGCUUCAGUUUGCAUAAACCACGCUUUCAAAGGCUAACCCUGGCAUAACUGCUGCUGUUGUACAGGCCCAAAAUAGUGAUGCCUGCUACUCUACAUGCUCCAAAGCUCUAACAAUAUAAAGGUGAUGCCAGUACAAAAGAGUGCCAUUCUCUGUCCACUUAUCUCAGUAAUGGAAUAAAAUGCCUCUUUCCAGAAAGAAAGACAAGAAUAAAGCAUGUGAGUAGUAUGUGAGAUGGGCAUGCCAAAUGCAUAGAGCAGUGAAGAGUCAAUAACCUCCACAUGCCUUAUAGUAAACUCUGAAGUGCAAAUCAGUCUGUCGAUAGGCACCAGGAAACAAAUGCAGAUACCUGGUGUUUCCUUCAGUUGUCUUUCCCAGGUGGCAGAAGAAAAAUGUGCACAUUGAUAAUUAAGCUACUAAGCUGGGAAACAAAUGGCUAUAAAAUGCACCAAAGCCUAGAAUCACCGAAUUGAAACUAAAUGAACCUCUUGUUUCAUAGCCAAAGAAAAUACACAGCACAAAAAUUACAGCUUUAGCAUUGUCUGCAAUUUGUGAGGCACCAAGGAAACCCCUUCAGUCUCACAAUUUAGAGUAUAUACAUUUUUUAAUAUACCUAGCGUGAUUGAAAGCUGCUUACAACACAAAUCAUUUUAACAUGUUUUACCCUAAUUUGAAUACAUACCAGAUUAGGAUGGUUGAACAGUAGUAGAAUAAUACUUUAGUCUCUGCCAAAUUAUACUUCUAUGCUCUGUAGUUUUUGUGGUCUUUAGAGGCAUUUUAUCAAUAUACUUGCCAUCUUCAUGUUAAACUUCUGAAAUCUUUUACCUGCUACUAGCAUCGGUUUACAAUGUGUAGAUCACUUAAUUGCAAUUCAAUAUUAAUUUCCUUUGUUACCAUUACAAGCUCUUCUACCAUCAAAGUUAGAGUGAAUAUUACACUGUCACUCAUUAAUUUUACAUUUUAAAGAUUUUAUCAUUCAGUAGUGUCGACUUGUGUUUACAGGAUUUUUUCUUGAGUAUUUCCUGCAGUUUACCCAGUUACUUCCUUUGUUGUAUUCUGAGCUCUCUUCAGUGGUAUGUGUUGGUUCUUCACUCUGUAGGGGAGCAUAAAUAAUGGACGAACAAAAGUCUUAGGCAUAGGUAACCAAGAGGUGGGAAUAAACCUAAAAGAAAUAUAAAUUUUUUGUGAUGCAGUAUUAUGCAGCUCUAAAACUGGAAGGUUUUGUUUUUCCUUUCAGCAAUAAGUCAUGGUCAAGAAUCAUAGCUCAGAAUUGCAAUAAAGCAAUUCCAGAUAGAAAAAAUUGCAGUGUCUAGCUGUGAACUUGGAACAGACUGAGUAACCUUCACAGCCUUGAUCUUUAGGGACAUCAAAGCUGCUGAGAUAAUCAAUGAUUAUUGAACUAUAUGUACUCAGUGCUUUUGUAGUUGACAAUAGGAAAGAAUGUAAUAGCUGCAGGUGCCUCUCAAAAAUAUAAUGAGUAAUGAAUCUGACAUGGUGCUUGUUAUCUGUUUCAUGUAACAAUCAGUUCUAGAAACUCCUGGGAGAAGGAGUAUUUUGAGAAGAUUAUCUUUUGCAAUUCCUCACAUCAUCUCUCCCCAGUCAAAAAAGGACAUAAUUUCUAUGUGUGCAAAACAGAGUGUCAGAUAUCACAAACAUUUUUUCUCAACUGGUGAUUCAGUAGUGCUCUGAAGUAUCCACAGUAGAGCCAGCAGUGAAGCUCUGAAAAAAUUAUUCUGACAUUGCCAUGUCUUGGGCAGCCAGUCUAUCUUGUGAGAAUUACCAUACAUCACAGACUCUCUUGGCAAAACACACUGGGUGCCUCUUACCUACAAUACCUCUGCCUCAAGGCAGAGGUACCUGAGACAGGCAUUAAUAGAAAUUAAGUUGCAAAUCACAGUAAAUAAUAAUGGUGGAUAGAGGAAAAUAUGUCAAAAAAGUUCUGUAGCAAAAACACCAGAACAUUUUCCCUGUUCACAAGAAAGUCUAGUGUAUUGAUAUAUGAGAUGAAUUUAGGUGAAAAAGAAGAAUAUAAGAAAGGUGGUGGUGGCAGAAAAGAAGAGGUACAAGAAUGAAGAAAGUAAAGGGAUUAAGGAAAAAGAAAGAAAAAUUACUUAAGAAGAAAGACCAGAGGAAAAUGUUAUCUAGAAAUGCAAUGUUAUAGUUUAAAUAGUAGCAAUAAAGCAGAAAAGACUAAAAAAAGCUAUUUUGUAGAGUUGACUUCAGCAAGAUGUACUCAAGAUGUGGCUUUAGUUUUCUGUGUAAGCUAAAUAUUUGACCUGCUGAGAAAGUGUACUGUGAAGAAGAGGGAUUAAUCUUUAUUUAUCUGUACUGUGUAAGUAUUCCUGAGGCUUUAACCUAAUGUAAUAGUUUAUAAAAUAUCCUGGCAGAAUUUUGAAUCAGAGAAUUUCAACAAAGAAUAAAGUUGACCUGUAAGGAACACAAAGUUUAUGGUAUUAAUUAUCCAGGAGUAGACUUACCCUGAUUGGCAGAUUGGCAGAAACUUUGUUUUCAUCACAGAACUGCAAUCCCAGAGCUAGAAAUAACUUCUGGAAGGGGGAGCUGAGUACACAUAAUGGCUCAAAUGAAGAUAUGCUUGCAUCAGACAGCAACAGACUGGAUGAACAGGUGCUCUUUUGGACACCAGAAUUCCCAUUAUUACUGGUAUUUAACACAUGUUAAAAGUGUGGAAGUGAGAGAAAUACCACUCCAAGAAAUUUUACAGAUGCUGUAAGAUAAAAGCUCAAAGUACUGGUGAGGAGACUGAUAGUUUAAAGUACUGGUGAGGAGACUGAGUUCUGUCAGGAAAGUGUUUUAGACUGGCAACAUGGGGCUUGAUCUGGAGAGCAGAUUAUGCAUAUGCUGGGAACAGCCUAAGUGGGAAAAAAACAACUAUCACAUUAGAAAGAACAACCACCAAGUAAGGUAUACCUCUUGAAAUAUGGCUGGGGCAAUUUUUGCCAAACUGCUAAAAGAAAACAGAAUCUCAGGGAAAAUACUUUUAGAUUUGAGAUAAAUUAUUCAUCUUAGGACAGUUUAAAGUCAGUGUUAACAACUUGCCACACCAUGAUCCCUAGAACAAAUGUCCUGCCCACGUGUGUUUAGCCUAGCAUAGUUCUUUGUGAAGCAGAAAAGGAAGGCUCUGCUGUUAAGAGGUAAGUUUUCUUGCAUGUCAGUCAGUGCCAUCAAGGUCCUAGAACUUAAACAGGAACACAAACUUCCCAAAAGAAUGUUACAAAACCCUUAUUGACUGGACUAAUUUAUGACUAAGCACAAGCAGAAAUUUCUGUAGAUUCUCUUGCCUCUUGUCCAUGAAGCUGGACAACAGGUAGGGUAUCUCUUACAUAGGUAAAAAGGAACUUUACACUGACAUAAGGCAUUAUAAUGACAAUACACAUGUAGUGCACCACUGUGUAUUUUUUCCUCAAAUUGGAUAGAAGGCUAUUGUAUAGGUUAUUGUAUUUUUCCCAUUUUCUGACCCAGAUUUUCUAAGUUGUAUUGGGUAUACUUGGACCUAUUCUGUAAGUUAACAUGCAGAUUUUGUAUGAUAUGGUCAUUUUCCAUUUUGAGUAAGUUAACGUGCAAAAUGCAGUAUGUGUUUGCCGUCUACUGCUGUAAGCUUCUAUUUUACGUCUGCUCUGAAAAAUGUACACUUUACACUGUAGAUAUUUAUUGGACUUCUUAGAUUGAUUUUUUUUAAUGAUGAAAUAUCUGUGAAAAGAAGGGUGCUGCAAGUGGAUGGUAGUUAAAAAGAAUUUGGUUUUGAAUAGCUGGAGCUGCACAGUUUUAGUUAAAAAGGUGGAACUUGACAUUUGGUGGGAACAGGAAUUUUUACUUGUUUCCUACCUUGCAAAAGAAUUAUGGUGCCUUUAACCUGUAGUCCUUUCACCUAAAAUGUUCAAACUCCAAUCAGAAUUUAGAAAGGAAGUGCUGCUUUUCUCAUUAUUCUCUUUGAAUUGCUUGUUUCCCAUGCAUUUGGGAGUUUAUUAAUUUGAAGUUGGGGUGGUUUUUUUAAUACUUUAAAAGUAAACAAAUAUAGGAAUGGUUCUAAGUUAUCUAAAUGAUUUGUAUAUAAUUUUGUUGUAAGAAAUUUUGAAUUGAUAUAUACCAAUAAAUUGAAAGAUAGCAAUAUAAUUAACUAUUAUCUUUCUUUUACUAACAUCAUGUUUUGUGGCUUAAAAAAAAGUUGUCUUGUUUCCUUUCAAUAAGUAAAAUAUAAUCCUCUGCAUUCCGAACUAAACCAGUUUAUCCCUUUGCAUGUCUUCAAUUCAGGUACCAGGAUUUGGUUCAUAUCACCAUCUGUUAAAAGAUAACUGGAUGACGUUCCAUUAACCCUUGAUCACCAAUAUUCCUAAAGCUUGGCAAUCACAGCAUGUGUCUAAUUAUGAUUAGUAGGUGGCACAAUACAAAGGGCCUCAGGUAAGGUGCCAGAUUGCUUAGAAUUAUAGAAAGGCUUCAGAAUGAGCAAAGACUGCGAUUUUAGUAGUCUUUCUUUGAGAAGAAGAAACACUGCUGAAGUUUCCAGAAUAACAAAAAGUACAAGGAUGCAUAUUACUGUACACUUCAAUAUACUGCAAUCUUAAAGGGUUUUGAAGAUGACAUAUCUAAGUCUGUCCAUCACAGAAUGUACUUAAAUUUUGAAACUUAUCAUGAUAAGAUUGAUGUCAAGAGCUUUGUAAAAUUAAUUAAAAUGCUUAUACAUUUGUCUCAUUAACAUAUAUUCCACUGCAACAGCAGUGGUUAAAAUGCAGAGAUAUGAGCUGUCAUAUAACUUGGCAUAUUAAAUUCCUUGUGACAAUAUGUGGGCAGGUACUGCAUUAGACAAGCUCACUCCUUCAUCUGUCCAUCUUCCUUAGUUGUUGAAAAAAGAUAGCACAUGACCUCCUACAGCUGUUUCUCUGUGUGUACCCGUGUAACAGGACUUCUAAAGAAAUCUGGUGUGAAAUUUUCUUUCUGCCUUUCUUUCUCAUGGCAUCACUGUACUUCUUUUUUGGCAUUAAUAUCUGUCUUUUUCACUUAUGCUGAACAAAAAUUAUUUGGUUAAUUGUAACUACUAAUUAGCUUUCCAGACAGCAUCUAUGAUAGCCUUUAGACAACAGGAGGUGUUUUUCCAAAGUUUUAACAGUUGCAAAAUCUAGUGAAUGUGUGGGGAUGGAGUCAUACAGGGAGUCUAUUGGUUUGAGACUUAAUGAAAACAUGUCAGUGCUGCCUAUUAUGGAAAACAGCUCUAAUUAGCAAGCACAAGGUUUGUGAGAAAUCUGCAUAAAACUUCAAAGAAUUAACUUCAAGAAAACAUUGUGCUGUCUUAACAAUGUGUUUGCUCUCAUAAGCACAUGCUUUUGUGUGUGUAGGGAUGUCCCCAUUUUAGAUGCUAAGGAAUAUAUACGUCUAAGAAUAGUUCAUGACCUGAAAUCUUCAAAUCCAUUGAUGUUAACCUUUUUCAGUGCUAUUUAUGAAGAAUUUAGUCGUACAUAUUUUUUUAUCUCUUAGAAAACGUAUUUGUUGAAAUAGAAAUAUUAUCACAAAUAAGUGUAGUACUCUGUCAAAAAAAAUUAGAAAAACAGUCCAGCAAUACAACUAGAGACAGGACAACAUCCAAUAUAAAUAAAAAA